GAGCUCAGCCACGGGGCAGAGCGCAAGGAUCAGUUCACUGAAGAUGGCUCUGUCCCAGGAUGAUCACUGGCUGGUCCUUGCGCUCUGGAAGAAGAUGGGCAGCAAUGUCGGAAUCUACACGACCGAGGCCUUGGAGAGGACCUUCGUGGCUUUCCCCUCCACCAAAACCUACUUCCCACACUUGGACCUGAGGCCAGGCUCUAGCCAGGUUAAAGCCCAUGCCCAAAAGGUGGCCGAUGCACUGACUCUCGCUACCCAGCACCUGGACGACCUGCCUGCUUCUCUGUCUGCUCUCAGUGAUCUACAUGCGCACAAGCUCUGUGUGGACCCUGCUAACUUCCAGUACUUCAGCCACUGUCUGCUGGUGACUCUUGCCCGGCACUAUCCUGGAGACUUCAGCCUGGAGAUGCAUGCCUCCUUGGACAAGUUUCUGGGUCACGUGACUUCGGCACUUGUCUCCAAAUAUCGCUGAAUUGGGGAUACAGGGUACUAUAGUCUCCACCCAUGCCCUUCCUAAAGCUCACAAUGUUUCAGUAAACCUCCCCAGGGCUGCAUUGCUGUUCUGGACGCAGAGGGGCACGAGAGGAAUAUACUCCCCGCUCCCAGUACUCCAAAACAAAGUUCCAAGAGACUGAAAGUACAGAUAAGCUGGUGUCUCAGAUCUCAUAUGGGAGGCAGCCAUCCCUUGUUUGUAUUGUUUUAUUGUGUUUUUGCCUUUGAGAUAAAUUUCAUGUUCUCAUGU